AUUUCAGAUCUUCUACUAUGAUAAUGGAGAUUCAACACUCCAAUUUUCCUAUGCUUAUUGCCUUCCUUCUCUUUGUAGCCAUAGCUCUGAAGCUAUGGAAAAAAUCCAAGAUUCAGUAUAAACUCCCUCCAGGUCCUAGAAAACUUCCACUUAUUGGGAAUUUGCAUCAGUUAUCUAGCUCAUUACCUCACCAUACUUUCAAGAAUUUGUCAAACAAAUAUGGUCCCAUGAUGCACCUACAACUUGGUGAAGUUUCUGCUGUUAUAGUAUCAUCACCACAAGUGGCAAAAGAGGUACUGAAGACUCAUGACUUAAUCUUUGCUAAUAGGCCACAACUUCUUUCUGUACAGAUUCUAAGCAACAACUGCCCCACCCUUUCAUUCUCUCCUUAUGGGGCUAAUUGGAGACAGCUUAGAAAAGUAUGUGUCUUGGAGCUUUUAAGUGCAAAGCGCGUUCAAUCAUUUGAGUCAAUCAGGGAAGAGGAAGUUGAGAAUCUUAUUGAAGCAAUUUCAUUGAUACACCCACAAGUUCCUAUUGAUAUUAGUGAAAUGAUAUUCUCGAUGAUGAAUAACAUAACUGCCAGGGCAGCCUUUGGUAAGAAAUGCAAACACAAAGAUGAGUUUAUUAAAGCUAUGAAAACAAUUACAGAGCUAUCAGGAGGUUUUGAUAUACCAGAUUUAUUUCCUUCCUUGAAAAUUUUCCACUCAUUAAGUGGAGUGAGGUCUGCACUUGAGAAAGUACACCAAAAUGUUGAUAAAAUCUUUGAGGAUAUAAUACAAGAGCACAAGGCAAAUAAGAGAGACAUGUUGUAUAAGGAAGAUUUGGUUGAUGUUUUACUUAGGGUUCAAGAAAGUGGUGAUUUAGAAAUCCCCUUAUCAAGAAACACUCUCAAAUCUGUCAUUUUGGAAAUGUUCAUAGGGGGAACAGACACAUCAUCCACAGUUUUAGAGUGGGCUAUUUCAGAAAUGAUGAAGAAUCCACAAGUGAUGGAAAAAGCACAAGCUGAGGUGAGACAGGUUUUCAAAGGGAAAAGUAAAAUUACAGAAUCGGAAAUUCAAAAGUUAGAUUAUAUGAAAUUGGUUAUCAAAGAGACACUACGAAUGCAUCCACCAGUACCGUUGUUACUACCAAGAGAAGCUAUAGAAAAAUGUGAUAUUGGUGGCUAUGAAAUACCUGCCAAAACCAAAGUCAUCAUCAAUGCAUGGGCAAUAGGUAGACAUCCAGAGCACUGGAAAAAUGCUGAAUGCUUUGAACCAGAAAGAUUCCAAGAUUCAGACUUGGAUUUCUUUGGGACUAAUCUUGAGUACAUACCAUUUGGAGGUGGCAGAAGGAUAUGUCCAGGGAUAUUAUUUGGAAUUGCGAAUGUUGAACUUCCACUUGCCAAAUUACUAUUUCAUUUCGACUGGAAACUCCCUGAUGGAAUUGAAGCAAGUGACCUUGACAUGACAGAGACUUUUGGUGCAACAGUAGGGAGGAAGAAUGAUUUGUAUUUGGUUGCAAAACCUUAUAUUUCCAAAUCCCAAGACUGAUGACUUAUGCACAUGAAAUAAGGUUUCUUCUAUUCUUUUCUCUGUUAUUUCACACUGUUAUUGACUGUAACAGAAUGAAAGCAUCCCCGCAAAUACAUCUAAGUAUCCACAUUUCUUAAUAUUUCCAAACAGAUAGAAAAAAACUCUUGUCUAGUCUCUGCCUACUGCAUGUGCUAAAUCAAAUCAUAAUAUGAUACUAAUAAGUUGUCUACAGGAAAAUUAAUGUUGAACUAGUUUCUGAAC